AUGCCGAGAAGGAAGGCAGACCAGUCAGGGGGAAAGGGCCAGAUGGCAAAAUCAAAGGGCCCAAAACGUCCACGAACCGGACAGGUUCCAAUGAUGGAGGCGGCUGUUCCCUCGGCAAGUCAGAGUCUCGUGGACAUACCUCAACCCACUAUUGACUAUGCAAAAUUGGCGACGGAGAUCCUGAAGCAACAAGCGGUUCAGCAAGGUGCGAACGCUGACAUACCAACUCCACAGAGCCAGGCUAUGAGCAUAAGGGUCCGGUGGCAACAGAAACUCACAAAUUUGGUGACACAAAUUUUUGAAGGUGAGCCAGCAGGUACAUUGCACAACCCAAAUAUGUUAGGCAUCUCGAUCACUGAUGGUAUUCCUCUCGGUGCAUCUACACCAAGCAAGAUCAAAACUAUAAUUUGGGCAAACGAAUUUAUCGAUUUGCGUUGCCUGUUACUGCACCAAGAGGAAGAUCCAGUGACUUUAUUCAUUACACCUGGGAUAAUUAAUUUCCAACAUUCUCAAAAAUCCAAAACACCUUUGUCCAUAAAUCAAUGGACUGAUGCAUUCCUUGUUUUCAAAUGCAUAAUACUUCAGAAAGACCCCACACAAGCCCCUCACCUGCUCAAAUAUAUGGCAUUCAUUAGGGAACUGCAAAAACUUCAUGGGGAUGCAGCAUGGCGAGCAUAUGAUGAGUCCUUUAGGAACUUAAGAGAAAGCGUUAAUCUUCCUUGGCAAAAGCCGGUGGAAGAACUACGUGGCAGAGCAGUAGCAAUGUCAUCCAGGAACUCAUUCGGGCAGCCCUUUUGGGGAAAGCAAGCUGGAAAAGUCGGUGGGGUCAAAUUCUGCUAUGCCUACAAUCAGGGAAACAAAUGCAAAACAACUCCUUGUCCCUUCACACAUAUCUGUCAAAACUGCAAGGGUCAACAUCCAAAAAUCAAAUGUAAAGCAGGUGACAAAACCGAAUAUGGCAGUCACACUUCCAACACCAGUAAGGGCCGACAAGUUAAAUGA